GUUGGCAGCUUGUGCCCGCUGCAUCCCUUUGAGCCUGUGCCACUGCCGCGACUGCCGCUUCCCGAGUAAAGUCGUGGGAUAUUUUCGAAUAUGGAGAAACACCUUUUUAACUUAAAGUUUGCUGCAAAAGAACUUAAUAGAAAUGCUAAGAAAUGUGAUAAAGAAGAAAAGGCUGAAAAGGCCAAGAUUAAAAAGGCAAUUCAGAAGGGCAAUACAGAAGUUGCAAGAAUACAUGCUGAAAAUGCAAUCCGUCAGAAGAACCAAGCAAUUAAUUUCUUGAGAAUGAGUGCUAGGAUUGAUGCUGUGGCAGCCAGAGUUCAAACUGCAGUAACAAUGGGAAAGGUAACGAAGUCCAUGGCAGGUGUAGUUAAGUCUAUGGAUGCUACAUUGAGGAGUAUGAACCUUGAAAAGAUUUCUGCUCUCAUGGAUAAAUUUGAGCACCAAUUUGAAACACUGGAUGUUCAAACACAACAAAUGGAAGAUACAAUGAGUAGCACUACAACUCUAACAACACCACAAAACCAAGUGGAUAUGUUGCUUCAAGAAAUGGCAGAUGAAGCUGGGAUGAACUAUCGCAGAGACUUGCUCGACUGCGUGAUCAAAUAUAAUUUAAAGAAAUGGUGCUGUUUAUUUCACUUCCUCCUGAAAUUUGUAUGUAUAUAUAAAUAAGUUGUACUCCAGUUAUGCUAAAAACACUAUAUAUUCCAGAAUGUUUAAGCACUAUUUGUAUAUAAUGCUUUCUUUUGUCUUUUUCAAUGUUAUAAGAAAUUCCAGAGAGUUUCUGCCUUCACAAAUUUUGCAGUUUUUUAUAUUAUCUUGAAAAGUGUGAUGGACACCAUUUUUAUAAAUGUCUUUAACAGAGCAUGUUUUGUUGUAUAUGAAACAUCUUCCUCCAAACUUACACCAGAAAUCUGCUAUUACAGAAUAAAGA